UUGAAAUCCAAAUCAAAAUGCCUCAACUUGAUAAAUUAACUUAUUUCUCACAAUUCUGCUGGUUAUGUCUUCUCCUCUUUACUUUUUAUAUUCUCUUAUUUAAUAAUAAUAAUGGAAUACUUGGAAUUAGUAGAAUUCUCAAACUACGGAACCAACUGCUUUCGCACCGGGGGGGCGAGAUCCGGAGCAAGGACCCUAAGAAUCUGGAAGAUAUCUCGAGAAAAGGUUUUAGCACCGGUCUCUCAUAUAUGUACUCCAGUUUAUCCGAAGUAUCCCAAUGGUGUAAGACCGUCGACUAUUUGGGAAAAAGGAGGAAAAUCACUCUGAUCUCUGAUUUCGGAGAAAUAAGUGGCUCACGAGGAAUGGAGAGACAGAUUCUCUAUUUGAUCUCGAAGUCCUCAUAUAACACUUCUUCCAGUCGGAUCACUUGUUGGAAAAACAUAAUGCUCACACAUGUUCCACACGGGCAAGGAAGCAUAAUAUCAUGAAAGCCGUCUGAUAAUCUUUCUAUAGGUUCCCCGAAGAGAAUGG